AUGUCUACGGAGGAAUUCUUACUAGGAUUCAAACGAUUUAUAUCUCAGAGAGGAACACCUGCAGAAAUUAUAAGCGAUAAUGCCUCACAAUUCAAGGCAGCAAGUCAAACAAUAAAUAGUAUAUGGCGAAAUGUGUGCCAAAGUCAUGAAGUGCAAUCUUACGUAAAUACUAGAAUAAAAUGGAAAUUUAUUGUGGAAUUAGCUCAGUGGAUGGGAGGAUACGAAAGAUUAGUUGGAAUCGUAAAACGAUCUCUUCGUAAAUCUCUAGGACAUAAAUUCCUGACCUUAGUACAAAUGCAAACAUUGUUGAAAGAAGUAGAGGCAACAGUGAAUUCAAGGCCGCUUGUAUAUGUCACCGACGACAUUAACUCGAAUAUUACACUUACACCUAACCAUUUUUUGAGCCUUAACCCGAACUUGGGCAUUCCAGAAAUGGAGACAAAAGACAAAGACAUUGAUUAUUCACCUAGUGAAUGCACAAGUGAUAAAUUACUAGCAAUGUGGAAAAAGGGACAAAAUAUUUUAAAUGAGUUUUGGAGAAUUUGGAGAGAUGAGUAUUUGAUUAGUCUUCGUGAACGUAUGCAGUCAGAACCGAAGUCGAAGAAAAUACAAUCCCAUUAUAGUGCUCAAAAUGGAGAUGUAGUUCUUAUUAAAGACAAUUUGCCACGCGGUGUUUGGAAAAUGGGACGUAUCUGUGAGUUACCUCAAAGUCGGGAUGGGCAGAUCAGAUCAGCAAAAGUAAAAAUAGCAUCAGGAAAAGUUCUUGGCAGACCUUUGAAUUUGCUAUAUCCGAUUGAAUGUAAUAGCAAGAGAGAUUUGCCGAAAUUGAUAAAUGAUCAAAUUCGAUCUUCACCUAUUCAGUCGAAAGAGGAGCAAAGUAAUCGUGCAGUUCGUAAAGCUGCAGCUCGUGCAAAGCAAAGUAUUAAGGAGAUGAUUACAAAUGAAUAA